AUGAGCUUGAAAGAAGUAUUCGAACAACAUCCAUGGAGGUCAUUUAAGAAGUUCAAUGAAGCUGCAAAGAGUUGGGGAUUUACUAACAGAGCUGAAGUGAAAAGGUUCUUUGACAAAAAUGUUGUACAUCAAACAAAAAUAAACCCUUACGACUACUUUUUACCAAUUUACUCCAACGCUCCUGACGCAUACCAAUUUGACACUCUCAUUCAAAGCAGAAAAGGAGGACAUAAACCAUUCCUCAUCUUCAUAAAUGUUAACACUCGUAAAGCAUAUGCAUAUCCAAUGAAAAAUAAAGGAACUCGUGAAGUUUUAAGAGUUUUGCAGACGUUUCGUGCAGAACAUAACCCAAGUACUUUAACAUCAGACCAAGACAGUGCAUACCUCAGCAAUGAAAUCACAGAAUUUCUCAUUAAGCAUAACAUAACUCACUACACUACUGAAGACCAUAACCAUAACAUACUCGGCAUCAUAAACCGCUUCAUAAGAACGCUCAGAGAUUUAAACCAAGAGCGAGACUUUACCGAAGAAACAAUGAAACAUUUUCUCGAA